GUGAAUCGCUUGGGGUUCCCACAUGGAUCAUCUGAAACUAGCCGAGAGAGCAGUCUUUGCAAUAUCAUAUUGCAAGACAAAGGGAAAGGCAGCUGUUGUCAGAUCACUGCCAGAACUAACGGUCUGACGGACACUCACACAUCGGGCAGGAACUUUCUAUCAUCACAGCAACCCAAGAGGGCAGCUUCCCUACAGCUGUAAAAAAUGAACGCCUCAUCGAUGGAAUCUGCAUCUGUACUCUCCAACCAAUCCAAUGAGAGCUGCAGCAGGGAGCCAGCACUGGAGAACAUCCUGUUUGCUGGCUUCUACCUUGUUGUUUUCCUAUUGGCUCUGAUUGGGAAUGGGCUGGCUCUCUUGGUGUUUUCUCGGCAGCGAGGACCUGCGUCUCCUGCAAACGUCUUCCUGGUGCACUUGGCAGUGGCUGACCUCUGCUAUGUGGCCAUCCUGCCACUGCGGGCCACGUACCACUUAAUGGGAGGCCACUGGCCAUUCGGGGAAGUGUCUUGUCGGCUGGCAGGCUUCCUGUUUUAUGUAAACAUGUACGCCAGCCUUUACUUCCUGGCCUGUGUUGCAGGAGACCGGUACUUGGCUGUUGUACAUGCUGUGCGCUCAAUGAAGAUUCGCUACGCACGUUAUGCACAUAUGGCCAGUGCUGCACUCUGGGUCCUGGUUACUGUGUCAAUGGUGCCUUUGCUUGUCACCCAGCAGACAGCACAGUUGGACAACACCACUAUUUGCCUGCAGCUGUACCGUGAGAAGACCUCUCGCCGUGCCCUGGUCUCCCUUGCUGUGGCCUUCACCCCACCCUUCCUCACCACCCUUGCAUGCUACCUGCUGAUUGCCCGCAGCCUACAACAGGGAGUGCGCCUCGAAUCAGAGCUUAAGACCAAGGCACUGCGCACCAUUGGGCUGGUGCUGCUUAUCUACCUGCUGUGCUUCCUGCCCUACCAUGUCAGCCGUGCCACCUUCAUCCUCUCCCACGGGCAUCCCGGAGCCUCCUGCCAGGCCAGGAGAGGCCUGCUGCUGGGCAACAGGCUGACCUCCUCCCUGACCUGUCUUAAUGGUGCCCUUGACCCACUGGUUUAUCUCUUUGGUGCUGAGAAGUUCCGUGACAGUCUGAGAAGGCUUCUCUGUUUGGAAAAGGCUGGGCAGUCAGUGGCUUCCAAUGGAGAAGGGAAGAGGACCCACGAGAGCUCAUUGAGCGCUAGGUCUGAGUUUUGAAGAGAGGAGAGGCUUGUCCUCAACCCUAAUGGAACAGCCAUAUUUUGAGGGUGUGCCAAAUGUAAAGAAUAAUAAUUGUAUUGAUGAAGUCAAUAACUGUAGGCAGUUACCACUUAAAGCUACAGUAGUAUGGUUCAUUUCAGUUCUGUCUGUUUGCUUUCUGUUGUCUAACAAUUACAAGUUACCAAUUGAUCCUCAGUCUUCCUAAGACAGUAUGUGGAUAGUAGCACUGAGGUGAUAUUAAAAUGGCCAUUUCAAAUUGAGGGGAAAACAGGAAAAACACAUAAUUGGACACUUGUUUACACCUGUACAAUAGCUUGGUCAGACUUACAGUAUACAGCUAUUCUAGAGUAUGGUUAUCCUGGACCCAUUCCCUAUUCUUACAGGACUGCUUUUGAAUGAAACAAAUCUUCAUUUUAUUUCUGAUCAUUUUCUUAAUAUAUCGCAAUAUUUUUUUAAUAAAAAAAAAAAAAAAAAAUCUGAAUGAGAACAUUAAUUUCCGAUAAAAAAAUAAUAGGCUCUACUCAUGAGUUGUUUAAAUGUUUCUUUCAAAGUCUGUUUGAAUGAAUAAAAUUAAGCUGGAUAUUUAUGAUAUCAUCUUUAGCACCAUUUAUUUAUGAUGAAAUUAAACCAUCAAUAGAUCACACCAGUUUUAGGAAUAUCACACUUGGUUUUAGUGCUAAAAUAUUUGAAAAACUCAUGAACUAAAAGUUUGUGAAAAAAGCGCAAUGUUGCCUUGAUCCUAGAACCCUAGAAUUGUGACCCUUAAGAACAGCUAAGCGCCUUCUCGCAAACCCACACUUAGGGCAUCUCUAAAGACUUUGGAUCUGCACAAAUAGACGAUUCCUGAUAUAUUAAAUUUGUCCAACAUAAAAUUGUCAUCAUAAUGAACUGCAGCCCACAUUCCUAGUCACACAAACAAGUACAUUGUCUUGGGGUUCAUAGUAGGCAAACGCAAUACAUUGUAAUGAAUGUAAUGCAGUAUUUGUGGUAGAAUGUGAUCAAAUAUUUUAAACAUUGCUUUGAUUAUAAUUCAAUUAUACAUUUCCACUAUCUGAAUGUAAACUUGUGUCACUCUUUAAAAUUCAUUUAAUUCCAUUUAAAAUAAACGUUCUUCAGUAAGCCUGUCUAAAUACUAUAGUAUGCAAUACUGUCAUUACUGUAAUGUUGUAAAAUUCUGACAUUUACUGCAACAUCAAAUAGUACAAGUAACAGCAUUCACUGUACAUGCAAAUUGUAUUGUACAUGCAAAUUGUAUUAUAACUUAUUAAAAGAUAAGUUAUAAUAAAUAAUCAGGCAUAUAUGGUUAUUUCUAGUUGUUUAAGUAAUAAAGCUUGCCCCAUUUUCUUUUAUACCUUUGCUCCUUUUUAGAUAUCACAUCUUUAUAUGGCUCGUCCCUUUACUUUACCUGGCAUCUUUUUGUAUAAUACAUCAAAUAUGUUUGGUCACAUAUUAAUAAGAAAAAAAUGAAAAAUUAAACGGGUUGGUGUAAACUACUUCACACGGGUAUCACAUAUGAGCCUUAUUUUAUAGUUAAAAAAUGAAUAAAUAUGCAGCUAGCAUAUAUGGAUUUAAGAUGGCAGUAGGUAUGUAGACUGGUGUUCUUUUUUAAGUCUUUAAUUAUUCAAAGGAUGUACACUGUGUGAAAGUUCUGUUAUUUACAUUGAUAAUAUAUGUAAAAUUCUAAAAAAAAAAGAGAUGUGUUGUACUCUGAGUACAGGUAGCGAGAAAAUAAUGUUAAUUAUGUCAAGCCUUUGAUUAAAUUGUCCUAUAUUCACAGUGUUGUCCUCACUUUUCAAGUGCUGGAUCCAAAAGUAGGUUUUCUUUUAGAAAAAUACUGUAGUGUAUGUAGGAUUUAAACCCAAGAUAACCAAAAUUCUGUAUCUUUCCAUUAUAGAUUUUCAAGUGUU